UUCAACUACUUAAAAAUUCACUUUGUAAACAAACCUUCACCCACAUCAAGCGGCUCAUCUGGAUGAAAUGAAAAGGCUGUUAGAUGUAAUGCAGGAACGUGCUCCCGAUGUUGAACAUCAGUUCAAAGAAAAGUCAAAUGAGUUGGAAAUGGCGCAGCUUAUCAUACGCCAGUUGUCGGAUAAGGCCAAUGUAAACCAAGGCGGCAAUCGUAUAGAGACCUUGACGUAGACGCAAUUUAUGUACGAGGAACAGAUUAGAGACUUACAAUCUAUGGUGCAGGAAUUUAUGAUGGUCACAAAAUAUAUUGGCAAAAACAUAGCAAGUGCAUAUGCCAAGUUGGAAAAAUUGACAAUGCUGGCCAAAAAGAAGAGUCUAUUUGAUGAUCGACCGCAAGAGGUUCAAGAAUUGACUUACAUCAUGGUGUAUGCGUUACAAUCUAAAUUAGCCAGCAUGGGCACCGACUUCAAACAGUUGCUUACUGUCGUGCUGUU